CCCGCGCGCUCGCACUCAGCGGCUCCGCGCCCCACGCUCACGCUGUUCACCGCGCGUGUCCCCGCUCGCUCGCCCACGCUCGCGCUGCCCCUGCCAGGAUCGGGCCAGCCUGCAGAACAGGAUGUCCUUCCAGGGCAAGAAGAGCAUCCCCCGGAUCACGAGUGACCGCCUCCUGAUCAAAGGUGGGAAGAUUGUGAAUGACGACCAGUCCUUUUAUGCUGAUUUGUAUGUGGAAGACGGUUUGAUUAAACAAAUUGGAGAAAACCUCAUUGUCCCUGGGGGCAUUAAAACCAUUGAUGCCCAUGGCCUCAUGGUCCUGCCUGGCGGAGUCGAUGUCCACACGAGACUGCAGAUGCCUGUCCUGGGCAUGACGCCGGCUGAUGACUUCUGUCAAGGCACCAAGGCAGCCCUGGCAGGAGGGACCACCAUGAUACUGGACCACGUGUUCCCGGACACGGGGGUGAGCCUGCUGGCAGCCUACGAGCAGUGGCGGGAGUGGGCGGACAGCGCAGCGUGCUGUGACUACUCUCUGCAUGUGGACGUGCCCCGCUGGCACGAGAGCACCAAGGAGGAGCUGGAGGCCCUGGUCAGGGACAAGGGUGUGAACUCCUUCCUGGUCUUCAUGUCAUAUAAGGACAGGUGCCAGUGUACUGACGGCCAGAUGUAUGAGAUCUUCAGCAUCAUCCGGGACCUGGGAGCGGUGGCCCAGGUGCACGCAGAGAACGGGGACAUCGUGGAGGAGGAGCAGAAGCGCCUGCUGGAGCGAGGUAUCACCGGCCCCGAGGGCCACGUGCUCAGCCACCCCGAGGAGGUGGAGGCCGAGGCUGUGUACCGAGCUGUCACCAUCGCCAAGCAGGCCAACUGCCCACUGUAUGUCACCAAGGUGAUGAGCAGGAGUGCAGCCGAUGUGAUCGCCCAAGCCAAGCGCAGGGGAUUGGUUGUGUUUGGGGAGCCCAUCGCUGCCAGCCUGGGCGCUGACGGCACACACUACUGGAGCAAGAACUGGGCGAAGGCUGCGGCGUUUGUCACCUCACCCCCCAUCAACCCGGACCCCACCACUGCAGACCACCUCACCUCCCUGCUAUCCAGUGGGGACCUCCAGGUGACGGGCAGUGCCCACUGCACCUUCACCACUGCCCAGAAGGCUGUUGGCAAAGAUAACUUCACGCUGAUCCCCGAGGGCACCAACGGUGUGGAGGAGCGCAUGUCUGUAGUCUGGGAAAAAUGCGUGGCCUCCGGGAAGAUGGAUGAGAAUGAAUUUGUUGCCGUGACCAGUACAAAUGCUGCCAAAAUCUUCAAUUUUUACCCAAGGAAGGGGCGCGUGGCUGUAGGCUCCGAUGCUGACCUGGUGAUCUGGAACCCCAGGGCCUCGAAGAUCCUCUCUGCCAAGAGCCACAGCUCGAACGUGGAGUACAACAUCUUUGAAGGAUCCGAGUGCCGAGGAGGCCCCUCCGUGGUCAUAAGUCAGGGCAGAGUGGUGCUGGAGGACGGGAACCUGUGUGCCACUCCGGGGGCUGGCCGCUUCAUUCCUCGGAAAACAUUCCCAGACUUCGUCUAUAAGAGAAUAAAAGCUCGCAACAGGCUGGCAGAGAUCCACGGUGUGCCCCGGGGCCUCUAUGAUGGGCCGGUCCAUGAGGUGGUGGUGCCUGCCAAGACAGGAGGUGGCACCCAGGCCCGCGCAUCCUGCCCAGGCAAGAUCUCCGUGCCCCCCGUGCGCAACCUGCACCAGUCGGGAUUCAGCCUGUCUGGGUCGCAGGCUGACGACCACAUCGCCAGGCGCACAGCCCAGAAGAUCAUGGCGCCCCCCGGUGGACGCUCCAACAUCACCUCUCUCUCUUAGACCCCAUUCCCGCUGGCGGCUGCUGUGGGGGCCGGUGGCCUCAGUUAGCUCUUUCCUUUGUAGAAGUCACUUUGAAAGGUGCUCAACCUUGCCUUCCCUCCCCCUCAACAAAGCUCUCCUUUGGGGUCCCGGGUCCCACUGCGAGGAGCCCCUUCAAGAGGGCUGAAUGUGGGGAGACCUCACUGCCAGGACCAGGAGCUAGAUGAGGCAGCGACAGCUCAGGCGGCCCCUAGCCCACAUGCCAGGUGACCCAGUGCCUGCCUGGCCCCACUAGGGUGCUGAAACCCCCAGGUGCUCACUGUGGAGUAGUGGCUGGGGCUGGGAGCCCAGGCUCUGAGCUGGAGUCUGGGCGGGCGGGUGUCUGCCGCUUCCUUCCCGUGGGAAUCACUGCCCUUCCAAGUCCCCAGCCUCCCACCUGCCCGUGGCACUAGGUGCGGCCGUCCUUCCAGGGGAUGUCACGAUGUUCGCCCAGCACAGGUAGGGGACAGGCAUGGAGCCUCGGCCUCUAGAGCUGCUGUGACUUCAGGGAUCCACCAGGAAUUUAGCAUGGGCAGCUCCCCCCGUAGGGACUCACUGGUACCCACUCAAGGACCAAGCCUGAGCUUCCCCAGGGCCCUUCCAGGAAGCUUCACGACCCUUUAGCUCAGAUGCCCCCCUUUUACUACAGGACGAGUCCUUCCACAGGGCCAUUAGAGUAGCAGAUUUGUAGAGUGAGGAAACCGUAGCCAGGAACCUGCAUGCCACCACCCUGGACGGCAGGUGGCCGUCUGAGCCUGAUUCGUCGGGUGGAUUAAAGACGUCUCUGGGUUAGAA